AUGCCUAAAAAUAAGGUUCUAAAUUCUGAAGUUUACAUGAUCCUCUCGUGUGCACCCUUAAAUCUAAAUAAUUUUAUCAAUUUAUUUUUUAUUUACAAAAUGUCCGACGAAAACAAGGUGAUUCACAGCGGCUGGGGAACAAAAUUAGGAGCUAUUUUCAAGACAUGGAGAUAUCGUUGGUUUGUUUUAACACAAACAUCCUUAUCAUAUUCAAAAACAAAGACCUCAGCUCCUAAUGGCAUAAUUAAUUUGUCUCAAGUAUCCGAAGUAGCACCAAUGCCAGAGUGCAUUCACCCACAUGCGUUCAAAGUUGUCAUACCUAAUGUUCGUACAUAUCAAAUUUUCGUAGAAUCAGAUGAAGCAAUGAACGAAUGGGUUCGUGUGCUUAACAAAGUACUCGGUGGUAAGUCCGCAAGUGAUGUAAGCGUCGAUGACUUCGAUAUUCUCAAAGUUCUUGGUAAGGGCUCAUAUGGCAAAGUUCAACUUGUCAAACAUAAGGGAACUAAUCAGAUCUAUGCUAUGAAAUCAAUUUCUAAACGCCUUUUAGGUGAAUACGAAUUGGUUUCCCGCAUUAUCACCGAAAGAGAUGUUCUUUUGAAGAUCAACCAUCCAUUUUUAGUUUCAGCCCGCUACGCAUUUCAAACGGAAACAAAGAUCUUUUUGGUAUUAGACUACGUUCAAGGCGGCGAGCUCUUCUCACGUCUCAGAGAAGAACGUAAAUUCGUCGAAGAGCGAGCUAGAUACUAUAUUGCCGAAUUAGCUCAUGCUAUUGGUUACUUACACUCCAUGGGAAUCUGCCAUCGCGAUCUAAAACCGGAGAAUAUUCUUUUCGAUAAAGAUGGAUACAUCAAACUUACUGAUUUCGGUCUUGUUAAAGAACAGAUGACAAAGGAUGCUACCACAACAACAUUUUGUGGCACACCUGAGUAUCUCGCUCCAGAAAUGGUCGCCGGUAAUGCAUAUGACAAUAAUGUUGAUUGGUGGGCGCUUGGAACUCUAUCAUACGAGAUGCUCUACGGUGUUCCUCCGUUCUAUGAUGUCAAUACAAACGCCAUGUACCGCUCAAUUCUCAGAGAUGACAUUGUUUUCCCAGAAGAUGCCACUGAAGAUGCAAUUGAUUUCAUUCAGAAACUUCUUGAUAAGAACCCUACUACACGUCUCGGUUCAGGACCAGAAGAUUACAAAGAAGUUAUUGGUCAUAAAUUCUUCGCUUCAAUCAACUUCGACCAACUCCUCAAGAAACAAAUCCCAAUGCAAUGGAAGCCACAAAUCUCUAGUAAUACCGAUGUUUCCGCUUUCGAUCGGGAAUUUACAACAGAAAAACCAAAACUUACUUACGAAGAUCCUUCUCUCAUCGGACAAAACGUACAAAGACAGCUUCAAGGUUUCACAUACAUGAACGAAGAGUAA